GUUAGAGGCUAAAGAUGGCUGGAGCUCCCCCAUGCCCCCGCCGGUUCUUCUGUCACAGAUGCUCAGCAGAGAUUAGUCCUCGGCUUCCCGACUAUAUGUGCCCCAGAUGUGAAUCAGGGUUCAUCGAAGAGCUGCUGGAAGAAAGGAGUGCUGGCAAUGGGUCCAUGCCCACCAUCUCCAGUGGGCCCCAGAACCAACAACCGUUUGAGAAUGUGGACCCGCAUUUAUUUACGUACCGCUCGGGCUAUGGUCAGUUUUCCCUCAGAGUUCUUGAUGACAGCUUUGACUUUGGGACUGGACUUGGAACAGGCGACAAUCGGGAUGCUGAAAAUCGGUGGGAAAGGGACACUGCAUCCCGGCAAAGAUACAGCGCCAGGCAGCCCAGAAGUCGACAUGGUUCCAGGCGGCAAGCGGGAAGGCAUGAUGGAGUUCCCACUUUAGAGGGAAUCAUUCAGCAGCUUGUGAAUGGAAUAAUUGUACCAACUGCAAUGCCAAAUAUUGGUGUUGGUUCAUGGGGUGCUCUUCAUUCAAACCCAAUGGACUAUGCCUGGGGUGCUAAUGGACUUGAUGCUAUUAUAACUCAGUUAUUAAACCAGUUUGAAAACACAGGACCCCCACCUGCUGAUAGGGAUAAAAUAAAAAACCUCCCUACAGUACAAAUUACAGAUGAACAUGUUGCCUCGGCGCUGGAAUGCCCAGUGUGUAAAGAAGAUUACAGUGUUGGUGAAAACGUGAGGCAGCUCCCGUGCAAUCACAUGUUUCACAAUGAUUGCAUAGUCCCCUGGCUGGAACAGCAUGACACUUGCCCAGUAUGCAGGAAAAGCUUGAGUGGACAGAACACAGCAACAAACCCUCCAGAACUAUCAGGGAUGAACUUUACCUCCUCUUCGUCGUCAUCUUCCUCCUCAACCCCUCAGUCCUCAGGUUCAAAUAGCAAUGAGAACUCUACAGAGCACUCGUAGAAAGGGCAGCGGUCCCCAUCACCUCGUGAGCUGUUUGUAGCUCCUAGGCUGCUGCGCUUCAGAGCAGCGACCUUCAGUCCGUCCCUGUGGUAGGGCGGAGGCCUGAGUGUCUCACCAGGAUCACUCAGGCCCAGUUCAGGGGGUAAGCGAUACAUGUGUUCGUGUAUUUCUGCCCAUCGUGUCCCCCCCACCACCUUCAUAAGGACUGUGAACAAUGGAAGGGAGGAAGCUUCUGGCAGGAAGGAUGCGGAAAGGCGUGGAAACAUCAAAAAGCUCAACUUGAUUAAAGCACUUCAUACAAGAAUAGAAAAUAAAAUAAUCCAAAGGUAGAAGGUUAUGAUCAUCAAGACAAUUGCCAAUUUUUAAAUUGAAUUUAAUUUUAACCUGAGACUUGAAUGACUUAA